AUGUUGCUUCGAAGAGACGACACUCGCGACUAUGAUGAACUUCGGCCGCUGUCUAUUCACUAUGAAGGAUUAGACAGAGUGGACGGAUCGGCACGAUUUGGAUUCGGUGAGUGCAAACAAACCUCUCUUGCGUCUGUCUCAGGGCCGAUAGAGGUUCGUCUGAACGCCGAGCAACCGUCAAAGGCUACGUUCGAAGUCUUGCUGCGCCCAUUAUCCAAUGUUCCAGGGACAGAAUCGAAAUCACUGUCGACUUCGUUACGAACACUGCUUACUCCUUCUCUCCUGCUCUCGCGAUACCCUCGUACACUCAUCCAGCUAGUCGUACAAUCGCUCACACCGAGCAUAUCCUCCCGCUUCCACCCAUCUCUCAUCGCCGCCUUCAUCAAUGUAUCCACCCUCACUCUUCUCAACGCCGGCUCCAUCCCUAUGCGCGGCGUCAUAUGUGCUGUUUCUGUCGGUCGCUUACGGUCAUCCGCAUCAGCCACUAGCUCGUCCGCUCUCGUUCUUGAUCUGAGUGAACGGGAAUUAUCGCUCGCCGAUGUCUAUGGGUGUUUCGCAUUCAUGUUUUCCGCUGAGCUCACCGGUUCGCCAACCUCAGACGCGAUCCCGCCACACGGGAUUGUGUGGUCCAAUUGGCAAAGCACCACAGGAGCCUUCGACGAGGACGACGUGAUGCGCGCGAAGGAGUUGGCAGGGGUUGGAGCUCGAAAAGUAUGGGUCGCCAUGAAAGAGAGCCUGGGCGCUAAGGCAAACAAAACUGUAUCGCAUCCAGUCGCUCAGGAGCAUCCUAGGGUCGACGAUGCUCAGAUGGAGAUAUGA